GUACAUGAACAACGGGACCAGAAACGUGACAUACAGGUGUGAUGAAAACGGCACCUGGCCCAUCACCGAGACGCCAAGGUGCCAAGCUGACUGCCCAAGUUACCGUCUGUUAAACAGCACCAGUGGCGUCAUCUACAGUCCAAAUUACCCUGAAAACUAUCCUGUCAGCCAGAAUUGUCGGUGGUCAAUCCUUGUCCCAACUGGACGGUCGGUCAGGAUAUCAUUUCCCGUGCUUCAAACCGAGUACGACUAUGAUGUGCUGGAACUGUAUGCGGGGUAUAACCGCAGAAAUCUGCUUGUUACUGCUAGUGGAGACAUUCCACCCGAACCAGUUAAGACCAACUCCAGUAUUGUGGAUGUGUACUGGAAGAGCGACAUGUCAAACACGGACCGUGGCUUCACUCUCAUGUAUAACAUGACACCAUGUGGAAUUCCAAAACCUCCCAUCAACGGCUCAAUAGAAAUAAUCGAGGGACUCGAUGUCGGGGAUUCGAUCACCUACCAAUGUAGAAAAGGGCAUGAUUUGGUUGGGAAAGCAACGGCUGUUUGUACUCUGCAGGGAUGGAACUCACCCACACCCACUUGUCCACCGAAGUCCUGCGGUAAUUUGACUGCCCCUGCCAAUGGCUAUGUUUCUGGUGGUUCGCUGUAUUCUAACCGUGUAUCCUACAGCUGCCAGCGAGGCUACAUGUUGAAAGGGGACAUAUAUCGGAUGUGUACGGCCGAGGGAGUGUGGAGCGGUGCAUCUCCCACUUGUGAAGUUACCACUUGUAAGCAGCUACAAGCUCCAGAAUUCGGUAAAAUUUCGGGUGCUGAAAAUUAUGUCUUCGGAGCUAAGGUAAAACUUAGCUGCCGAUAUGGACUGAAGUCUGGUUCACUUCAAAGAGAAUGUUCCGACGGAGGCUAUUGGACCGGGUAUACCACCAUAUGCAAAGAUCCUCUGGAGUGCAAUUUCGAAAACGGGUUUUGUCAGUAUUCCUUAUCCGGAACACAGACUUGGCUAAGAAAUCGCGGUCAAACUUCCAGCAGUGGCACCGGACCCAGUGUAUCCAACGGUAAGUAGUCUAUACACCGGACC